GAGGAGGCGUCCGCCAUUAGUAGAGCAAGCAAGCAAGCAGCAGGAGAAAGAAGAAGUGAUCAAGGCGGGCGGGAGAGCCACGGAACAACCGACAGGGCCGCGCCGGAGAAGGAGUAAGUGGAGACCGGCCGCGAAAGGCUAUUAAAAAGGAUCGCCGGCCGGCCGCCCGCCGUUGACCGCGUGCAUAUACCUACAUGCGCAGGAUGUUCGGGGACUGCCAGGUUCUGUCGUCCAUGGCCGCCAUGGCCGGGGCCUCCUCCUCCGCCGACGCGCUCUUCACCUCGCCGCUCAUCCCCAACCCCGCGCUCGCCGGCUUCAUGUCGUCCUCCGCCGCCAUGCCCUUCCACCACUUCUCCAGCGCCGCCACCACCUUGAUACCUAAGGAGGAAGGCUUGAUGGGCGGGCUCCAUGUGGCCAAGGACGAGGAGAUGGACCUCGAGAUGGAGAUGGAGCUCAGCGGCGGCUCCGGCAGCGGCCACCUCGACAGCCUGCUCAGCUUCGCGGACGUGGACGACGACGGGCGGGAGCAGAAGCCGCAGCAGAGCGGGCACGACCAGGCGGCAGACGGCGGGCAGCAGCAGGCCGGAGCGGCGGCGGGCGGCGGGAAGAAGAAGCGGUACCACCGCCACACGGCGCACCAGAUCCAGCAGAUGGAGGCGCUGUUCAAGGAGUGCCCGCAUCCGGAUGACAAGCAGCGGCUGAAGCUGAGUCAGGAGCUGGGCCUCAAACCGCGCCAGGUCAAGUUCUGGUUCCAGAAUCGCCGCACCCAGAUGAAGGCGCAGCAGGACAGGGCGGACAACGUGAUCCUGCGCGCGGAGAACGAGAACCUCAAGAGCGACAACUUCCGCCUCCAGGCCGCCAUUCGCAACGUCGUCUGCCCCAACUGCGGCCACGCCGCCGUCCUUGGCGAGAUGACCUACGAGGAGCAGCAGCUCCGCAUCGAGAACGCUAGGCUCAAAGACGAGCUUGACCGCUUGGCCUGCAUCGCCACCCGCUACGGCGGUGCCCGCCAGCCGGUCCUUUCCACGUCGGCACUCAGCUGCAUGUCCGCGCCGCCGCCGGUCCUCAUGCCGCCGCUCGACCUCGACAUGAACGUCUACUCGCGUCACUUCGCCGAGCAGGCGCCGGUCAUGGGCGGCUGCGCCGACCUCAUGCCGAACGUCGUGCCGCAGCAGAUGGACGGCGCCGCGGCGUACAUCAUGGCGCCCAUGCAGGAGCAGGACAAGCAGCUGGUGCUCGACCUCGCCUCCACGGCGGCGGACCAGCUCUCCAGGAUGUGCCGCGCCGGCGAGCCGCUCUGGGUGCGCCAGCGUGGCGUGGCGUCGGAGGUGAUGUCUGUGGACGAACACGCGCGGACGUUCGCCUGGCCGGUCGACGGCGAAAAACAUGACGACGCCGCCGGCGCCGUGGCGAGGACGGAGGGGACGCGUGACAACGCAGUCGUCAUCAUGAACAGCAUCAACUUGGUGGAUGCCUUCCUUGAUGCGGACAAAUGGAUGGAACUCUUCCCGUCGAUUGUUUGCAAGGCAAGAACAAUCCAGAUCAUAAACCACGGAGCUGCGUCUGGUCACCUCGGCAAUGGAACUCUUCUCUUGAUGCAAGCGGAGGUGCAGUUCUUGUCCCCUCUGGUGCCCGCGCGUGAGGUGGUGUUCUUCCGGUACUGCGUGCACAACGCCGACGAGGGCAGCUGGGCGAUCGUGGAUUUCCCGGCGGAAGGGUUCCAGGAAGGGCUGCUCCAAGCCUCGGCGGUCAGAUGCCGGCGGCGGCCGUCCGGAUGCAUCAUCCAGGACAUGCCCAAUGGAUACUCCAGGGUGGUGUGGGUGGAGCACAUGGAGAUGGUCGGGGAGGAGAAGCCGCUGCAGCCGGUGUUCAGGGACUACGUGGCCGGCGGCGCCGCGUUCGGGGCCACGCGCUGGGUGUCCCUCCUCCAGCGCCAGUGCGAGCGCCUCGCCAGCGAACUCGCCCGCAACAUCGCUGACCUUGGAGUGAUCCGCACCCCUGAGGCGAGAACAAAUAUGAUGAAGCUGUCGCAGAGGAUGAUCACCACUUUCUGUGCUAACAUCAGUGCUUCUGGAAGCCAAUCUUGGACUGCGCUCUCGGAUUCAACAGAGGACACUAUCAGGGUUACAACUCGGAAGAACACUGAGCCCGGGCAGCCCAGUGGUGUCAUCCUCACUGCAGUGUCCACAAGCUGGCUUCCUUUUACCCAUCACCAGGUGUUUGAGCUUCUUGCAGAUGAACAACAGCGCUGCCAGCUUGAGAUUUUGUCAAACGGUGGCUCGCUUCAUGAGGUGGCGCAUAUUGCAAAUGGAUCACAUCCAAGGAAUUGCAUCUCUCUUCUUCGCAUAAACGCUGCAAGCAACUCAUCACAGAACGUGGAACUGCUGCUGCAGGAGAGCAGCACCCACCCUGAUGGUGGAAGCCUCGUGGUGUUCGCGACGGUGGACGUCGACGCCAUUCAGGUGACGAUGAGCGGCGAGGAUCCUUCCUACAUCCCCCUCCUCCCUCUGGGCUUCGCCAUCUUCCCAGCCACGAGCCCAUCACCUGCUGCAGCCACCAUCAGCUCGAGCACCACCACUACUACUACUACUACUGGCAAUGGCGAAAGCAGCAGCACCCCGCCACCAGGAAACAGCAACGCCGAUGAGCUGCCUCCAGCUGCCAAUGGCUGCCUCCUCACCGUCGGCAUGCAGGUGCUGGCCAGCGCCGUACCAUCGGCCAAGCUCAACCUCUCGAGUGUCACUGCGAUCAACAGCCAUGUCUGCAACGCCAUUCACCAGAUCACGGCAGCGCUCAAAGGUAACGCAGCUGCAGCUGGAAUGAGCCGGGCUGCUGCUGCUGCUGAGCCGGCGUCUGCAGGAUCCAACCAGUAGCAGCAAAGGGAGAGAGAGACCUGGAGGAGGGAAACAAGGGGAAGCUAGCAAGAUCGAUGCAGCAGAGACCAAAAUGGCUGCCUGCCUGCCUCCCAAUUUAUUUUGCUAACAUCGCAGUUUGUUUUCUGUGAGCUCAUCUCAUCUCAUCUCAGGUGCGUGCAAGGGAGGGUUUGACAAGAAUCCCAACACUAACAACAACAACUCAAAUCUCCUCCUCUCUUCCCGCCAUGUGCCGUGCUUCUCAAAAUGACGAAAAUACCCCCAAUCAACAAGAAAGUUAUGGGGGUAUUUUGAUCAUUUUGGGAAUCUAAAUGCUCAACCACUAGAAAGAAAGAAAGAAAGGGUCUUGUCAAACUCUCACUUGCACCAACCAGAACCAGCUGAAUCAUGGAAUUGUUGACAUCGGCUCUGCAGACAUUUUGGUCAUCAUGCAUCAGUUGUUGCUGCUCUGUGUCCUCCCUCCCUCCCUUCCCUCCUCCUCCUCCUCAAAAGUGAGAACUGCUGCAUGUGAAGGUUAGCUCCUUGUUUGAGUUUUGUAAUAAUAAGAUGGAUCGAUGAAGAAGACUUUAGCAGCUUUGAGUGUGUGAUUUGUGGUGCCACCCCACCACCACCUAGAGUAACUUGUGUAAGGUUGAAGAGAACUUAAGCAGAUUGUUAUUAGGAGAGAAGAGAAGAGAAAGGAGGAGAGGAGGAGUCAAGAGCGAACCAGUUGUGACCCUUCACCGUAGAGAAGGGUCUUGGUUCGGGAAUUGACUUGUUACCUCUCUGCACUCUUUGUCUGUAAACCUUUGCCCUAUCUUAUGAGAUUACUCGUAUUAUUAUUAUUAUUAUUUUAC